CCUGGAUCUCCCGCAACCCCGGCAUGACGUUCAUCUUCACCGAUGGGGAGGAUGAGGAACUGAAGAAGCGAACAAAAAAUGUCAUUAACACCAACUGCUCAGCAGCCCACAGCCGCCAGGCAUUGUCUUGCAAGAUGGCCGUGGAGUACGACAAGUUCAUUGAGUCGGGAAGAAAGUGGUUUUGCCACGUGGAUGAUGACAACUACGUAAAUGUCCAAAUGCUGGUGAAGCUGCUGUCCAGCUAUCCCCACACACAGGACAUCUACAUUGGCAAACCCAGCCUGGACCGGCCCAUUCAAGCCACAGAGAGGAUCAGCGAGAACAAGAUGCACCCUGUCCAUUUCUGGUUUGCCACGGGAGGAGCAGGCUUCUGUAUCAGCCGUGGGCUGGCCUUGAAGAUGAGCCCAUGGGCCAGCGGGGGGCACUUCAUGAACACAGCAGAGAAGAUCCGUCUGCCAGAUGAUUGCACCAUUGGCUACAUCAUUGAGUCCGUGCUAGGCGUGAAACUUAUCCGGAGCAAUCUCUUCCACUCCCACCUGGAGAACCUCCACCAGGUGCCCAAGACAGAGAUUCACAAGCAGGUGACACUGAGCUACGGCAUGUUUGAAAACAAGAGGAAUUCCAUCCACAUGAAGGGUGCUUUCUCUGUAGAGGAGGAUCCAUCGAGGUUCCGCUCCAUUCACUGCUUGCUGUACCCAGACACCCCGUGGUGCCCAGUGAAUGUUGUUUACUAGGAGACAUGUGUCCCCUUUAACCUUGUCCCAAAUCUCCCUGGUAUCCAAAGGGCUUGUGGGACCUGUGGGGGGUGUGUGUGUGUGUGUGUGCGCGCGUGUGUGCAUUUUUUUCCCCUUGCUGUGAGGCGAAUGGGUAUUGUUGCUGUGUAAUGCACAGUGUGUGUGUUUUAAUAGGCUGCUGUGCGGCCCCUUCUCCCUCCCACCCCAGCCUUCAGGCUGAGCAAGCAGGUUCGGUGGUGCUCUUUGUCUCUUCUGCAGACGGGACAGGGCAGGUGGGAAGGGUUAGGUCCCAAGCACUUAAACGGGCUGAUUUGAAUGGGGUAUCCCGGUCUGCAGCCUGGGAGGGUCUAUGUGUUGCUUUGCAGUGUUUGCAAUUCUCACAGGAUGCGUGUGGAAUAACCAUGUGCGCAGGGGUGGCUUUUGGCGGCCAUGGCUAGCAUUUACCUUGUGUAGCUUCUGAGCUUUUCUGUUUCUUUUCACUAAACCUCUCUUCCCACUCCUGCUAACCCAGGCUGUGGUGUUGCCCUCCCACCCUUACCCCAGCUUAACCCCAAGGCUCAGGCUCCUUUUUUUUCAGAUGAAGGUUCAUUUGAGAAGUCAUUUGCUUGCUUGUUCUAAACUUUUUCCCCUGUUUCUUGACAACCCCAUCUGUACCUGGGCAGGGAAAAAGAAGGGAAGUUUGCUGGCUCCAGAGCCCAGCUGUCUUUGGGCUGAAUCCAGGAAACACCUGGGAGGAUUGUGUACCUUUUAUAAGCUGUCACACGUAGAGCUGGACUCUUGGAACUCCAACUCGGUCGCGCUGAUGGGAGAAAAGGGGUUGUGGGGGCGGAAGCCCAGAAUCGACGUAAACUCUGUUCACUGGAGUUCCCAGGUCUUGCUGAAAUAUUUUCAGUAGAUAUAAAGCUAUGCAGUAUUUAUAGAGAAUAAUUUAAAAGACGUUUUAUAGAGGGGUGGGUUUUUCUACCAAAAGGAGCAUGGAUGCUGGGUGUAGGCAUGCUGUAUUUCCAUGGGGAAGGCACGUCUCCCUUCAGUGCAAAGUCUCUUCUCUCUUACUUGCCUUUUUGUUGGGGCAUUUUCUGAGAGGAGAAAAUGUCCCAGUUCAAGCUAAUAUACGGGGAGUGCGCAAGGCCUGGAGCAAGGAAAGCUCCAGGUCCCAUGGAGAGAAGAUGCACAGCCAGGCUGAGAACGCAUAAACGGAGGACCCCGGAGGGGUGUGCCAGUUGUGUGGUGGUCCAUGCUUUCAUGGUUGAGACCUGAAAAGUCUUUGCUGUCUUUGGUCCCAUUCAUCACUGAGUGUGGGGAGGAGGUAGGCAGCAGGAGCUGUCCAGAAACCCCCUUUUCCUCCUAUGUGCCUCCUCGGCUGGUCCAGUAGCUAACAUCCUCCUGGAGAGCCAGGUUGGACACUGGAGCUUGGCUGCAGGUCCCUGGGGUGGCAUCCAACUUCUCAAAAAGCUGUGCUGGGAUGGCACUGUCAGCACCUAAGGGAGGGUGAUCCUCCUCCACCUCACCUGGCCAAGGCAGGGACAAGAUUAAGGGAGACGAGCUUUCACGAGGAGGUCUGGCACAGUCAUCCAGUGGACCUUGCUGCAUCUCCUGCUCCCAUGGAGAGCUGCUGGGGGCCUGGGAAGCUUUUGGCUGCUUCUGCAUUGACACAGACCUGCCUGAACAGUCCUUGCCUGGAGCCCGCGGUUGGACCAUCCUCAUCGGACAAGCGGGCAGAGGCUGGGCUGAACCUUUCCAAAACAAGCUGAGUGAAAUUGGCCCAUACUGGGCAUGUCUGUAUAUACCGUAUUGUGCCAGUACUUUUGUUACUGCGCCUUCUCGAACAUGGAGAAUGAUGUAGAUAUAAAGAGAAAUUUUUUUUUAUACAUUUUCUGUGGAUCGGAAAAAAAAAAAGAAAAUGAAAAUGUCUGAUGCUCUGUUUCAAAAAUUAAAUGGAACUGUCUUGUAACUGUCCCUGACCUUUAAUUUAUAUGUCCCAGUAUCUGGGACCUUGCUCUGUGCUUCUUAUGAACUAGUUGUUGAACUAAAUAGAGGUUGGGGAAUUAAAAAAAAAAAAAAGAAAGAAAUAACAAGGACAAAGUGUUCUCAGGGAGUUAAACCCAAUCGCUGCCAUGGAGCCACUCGGGUAGCCAUCACCCAGUGCUUUCAAUAAAGCAGCUUAUUUGCUAAUCACUG